UUAGUAAUAAACUUUUAUAAAAUAAUAUUGAAUCUAAUUGAAAAGAAUAUUGGUAGUAAUCAAUUAUUGCGAUUUAAUAGUUGAAAUAGUUAUUGCAACAUGAAUAUAGUUAGAGCUUGCGUCCCUCAAUAUACCAGAAAGUUAUGCAACAAAAGUAAGACUGCAACUGAGUCUUCUAGCGUCUCAGAUAGCUUCGUUAUUCCUAGAAGAUACUAUACUAUUCCUGGGACACCUGGCUCUGGUGCUGGUAAAGGUGGAGGUUCUGGUGGAGCAGUCAGGGAAUCUGGAGGAGGACUGGGUCAAUAUGGAGCUGCCCAAGAAGAAGGAUAUUUUUUUAAUAAGCAAAGAAAGCAAUUGGAAAAGAUAAAAAAGAAGUUGAAAAAAGAAACUCAGAGCACUAACGAGGUGUCGCAGAAAGAAGAAAAGUGAAAUAAAAAAUAUAUAUGAUGAUACAUGUAUCAGUAAAUAUAGGAAUAAAGUCUAUGAAAUAUA